CCAUCAUCAUCUCCUUUGUCUCCACCCAUACCCACACCCCACACCAUGCAGGCCGAGUACGAAGACGACGGAAACCACCAGUACGCGGAGACGAGCUCGGCAGCGCACGCGCCCGCAGGGGAGGCGGAGCACUCUGCCGGCGAGGAGGAUGACGGCGAGGGCGGUGAGCGCCCGCAGAAGAAGAAGCGUAUUAUCAAGUCACGCCAGUCGCUUGCCGAGAAGAAGAUUGGCACGACGCUCUUCCCCAUCUCGCGCAUCAAGAGAAUCAUCAAGGCGGACAAGGAGCUCGACAUGAUGAGCGCCGAGGCGACGUUCCUUGUCGCCGUGGCCACGGAAUACUUUAUCAAGCACUUCAUGGAGGAGGGAUACAUGAAGGCGCGCCUUGAGAAGCGCAGGAUCGUCAACUACAAGGACAUGGCCAACGUCGUCGAGCGGUCCGAGGAGUUUGAGUUUUUGAAGGACGUCAUCCCUUUGCCGAUCACAAUGUCCGAGGCGCUCGAGCUGCGCAAGAAGAAGCUUGCGCAGGCGGACGAGAGCGAGUCGUCGUCGUCGGAAGAGGACGAGCCGCCGCGCGCCGGCCCGUCAAAGGCCCGCAGGCAGUCGGAGCACGAGCGCACCAGCGACGCCGGGAGCGGCAGCGGCGCCGAGCGCAACGGGGUCACAGUCGCAGGGCACGGCGACCUGCCGCCGCUCGCGCUGUCGACCAACCCCCUCUUUCCCAACGCCAUUGUCAAGCGCCCGUCCAACACGCACGCGCGUGCGGCGGUCCCGCAGCCCCCGAAGCAGGUCGCGGCGCCGCCCCCGCCCCCCACGCCGCGUGUGCACACGGGCAAGAACGCUCCGUCGACACCACACAGUCUCACCACCCGCGGCUCGGCACGCCGCAGCCUCAACCAGCAGGCACCAGAGCAGGCCGACCCAUCACCAUCGUCCAACCGUCGAGGCGCCGAGCCCAUCGAGGUUGACGACGAGUAG